AUGUGCGAGAAUGACACCAUCACUGAAGGCCGUCGUGGGACGUGCCUGACGGAGCUAACUCGACACAAGUCAAGUGUAUGCGACGCCGGCUUAGACAAUGAGGUUGGAGCGGCCGCCGUUGCUCCUGAUCCCCAAAGAGGAUUGGCGGCGAAAUGCGCCAGGGAAGACUCAUCCGAGAAUACUGCCGCUCACAAACGACUCCUAGCGGAGUCGCUGAUUGUUUUCCACGACAAGAGAUCGAGCAGCCGUCAGCUAGCGACGCAAAUCAUGGUGCGCCUUGUUGGACGGCUCGCCGUGGUUCAAGGCGCGGAUGACAUCAUCGCUGUUGUCGAAAAACUGCAUGUGCCGCAUGCAAGUAGAAGUGGAGUAAAUGCGAUCAUCACCGACCUCGACCCGAAGAUCCCGAAACUGAUGGAAUCUCUUAGGUUGAGAUCCUUACGCCCGGGGCUUGGAAAGCUUCCGAUCGUGUCGGUGAUCGUUGUUGUUGAUCCGGACGACCUAAGACCGGAGUUGCUGGCGAGCGCGAUUGAGAGUGGGGUCGAUGCGGUUAUACGACGCCCGUUGGAACGGUCCUCCUUUACGUCAUGCGUGGGGGAGGUUCUCCGAAAGCAUGCCAGCGUAGAGUUCGUGUACAAGGAUGUCGUCGGCGAGGUGGAGACGUUCAACUAUCCCCGGUUUCUUCUAGAAGGCUUUCAUUUCCUAGGCGUGGGGGAGACCGGCAGCGUCGGCGGCGGUGUGGGAGAAGGCGAUAGCACCUUCAACGAAAUCGCCGGAGAUGCUGUGCGGACGUACACCAAGGAGGCCAGUACCGGGUCGGGGAACGGCAGCGUGACCACGGUAGGAACCGGGGGCUGGGCACAGGAUGGCAUUGUGUCCCCAAACGGAGGGAAUGCGGGCCAAUCAGAGGCGCCGCUACCCACGCCUCUGGAGACCCCUGUGGAGGCAUCGACCACAGCAACCGACGCAACGGGCUUUGGAAGCGCUGCGAGGAAGUCCUCCAGGCAGGCCGCUACCGCGAGGAUGAUGGGGAAGACGAAGGUCCUGACGACUAUGAGAGGCGGUCACGUAAAGAUCACCUCUCCCAGUCUCCGUCCACGCCUGUACCUCUACACUGGGGACAAAGGCUACGUUGGCGGCGGGGGCUCCACUAUGAACGCCAACACCGACUCUCGCGACGGGGGAAAGCGCAGCAGCGCCGGGUGCAGCAAUGGCGGGGUCGGCGGCAGCGGUGGCAUCAACGGUGCAGGAGGCGACAGAGACCGUCAGAACCAAGGCGGAACGGAAGUUGAUCGGCGAGUGGAAAGCGAGAGACAGGCUUGGCAGUCGAAAGGCCGCACAGCUGCAGCAGGGACGUCAUCAUCGUUACGGCCGUCGGUUCCGACCCCUGGGUCAUUCACUACCUCUGCCGGCCACGCCCCCACCGCCGCAGGACACGGGGCGGGAUCAGGCCUACGGGCACAAAGGAACGCGAGAAUUGGCCCCGGCUUCCCUCCAGGCGUCGGCAUCAUCCCCCCCGGCCGUGCUCUUCCGCAAAACCGAACCAGACCACCAAAGACCACGGGAACAGCGGUGGGACCCGCUGCUGAGGGAAGCUGGAGAGCCGCUACCGUUCGCGCGCCCCGCCCGGACGAAGGAAACCCGGUGUCUCAGAAGAAGAUUUUCAACGCCACGGGCACGCAGGGGCGGCGCGCGGCGACCAGAGCGGGUAUGUUCGAUGAAGUUCUCCGCAGGGACCAGACGAACGCCAACCCGACGGAGAUGGCAUCUACCGGGAAUUUGCGCAGCGCCCUCGGGGUUGUCGUGACGGGAGAGGCUGCGGCGAGGCUCGUGAUAGGUCGGAUGAUUCAAAACAGAAAGGCCAGGAUGGCGAAGACGGCGAUGAGCAAUGGUGGGGAGGACGGUAGCCGUGGGGCUGGCGCCUGCGCAUAUGGUCCCAUCAGCAAGAGAGCACCUAGAGGAGGCCUGACAGGCGGCCGUAGCAUGGCGGCAGGUAGAGAUAGAGGAGGAAGGGGUGGCUCAGCCGGAGCCCUCAAACGAAAGCCGGUCAAGGGAGUGUCGACAUCUGCGGGUGGUGUGAGUGGCGGAUUGCUUGGAGAAGGGAUAUUCAAGACCGUGCUUUCGUCCAUGGCCAAGAAACGUCUACGGGAAGGGCUCCAGGAGAUCAAGAGCAACCCUCUGGACUUGCUGCGACGUGGGUUUGUGGAGGUGGAGCCGACCAAGCACGGGAGCACAGCGCUAGGUUGUCACCUUAUCAAAGGGUGGGAAGAGCAGACUAACGGCAACAAGUCUCGGGCGUUGGGGCACUUCCGACGCGCGGUAGCCUCCGAGCCCGAGAACGUGGAAGCUCUUUUUUGCAAGGCGGUCCUGAGUGCGCAGCUGAUGGAGCUGUUCGACGCCUUGAAGGACUUCUCCGCCGCCAUCAGCUUCAAGCUAGAUGAGACCCACCGCGCCGCAUUGCAGCAGCGCGGCGCCUCGAACACAAAGAGACCAUCCAACGGGGUGACAGCCAGCGGCAGCGCUGGGGGGGUGUCCACUCAUGGUCGAGAUGGCGGGGGGGCGGGGACAGCAAAAGGAGGGGGAGCAUCUGGCAAGAGCAAUGUCUCCCUUGCGCAUCUGUACGGUAACCGGGCCCUGGUGCACGUGUGCCUCGGGGACGACGAUAGCGCUCUCGACGACUUGGAUCGCGCGGUGGCCAGAGACACGCGGAAUAUUACAUAUCGGUCAAAUCGGGCGUUGAUCUUGAGGAGGGUGGGCGAUUUCAGGGGAGCUCAGCAGGAUUACAGUAGGAUUAGAGCUUUGCAGAUACUUGAACAAACGGCCGCCGAUCGAAGUGCCACCCAAGAAACAAUCAGCAGGCCGGCAACCCCCGCCGUAAAAGACGGUCCGCACACCGGUAGUAUUGCGCUCAAUGGCAGUCCAACCACCGCUGGUGCUGCUGGUGCUGCUGAAGCUACUGGUGCUCCUGAAGAAAAAGGAGGCGCCACGAGACCUUGGGCUGUGAAGAGCCAUGGCAAGGGUAUCAGCAGUGGAGGGGGCGGCCUCGUACCCGACGGGUCGGCGGCGGUGCAUGCCAGAGCGAGAUCCCUACCGAGCGCUGGUGCUCGAACUACCACCGCCGUUGUCGCGGAGCCAGGGGUGGGUACGGUAGAGAAACCAACAGCUGGUCAUCGUGAGCACGUCCAAAGGUGUGCGUCCUCGCCACUGUUGGAAAGGACAUCCCAUGGAAACGUCGGAGUUGGCGCCGUGAUCCCCACACCCGGCAAGUCCCUUCUCCUAGAGGAAAACAAAACACCGGCGAGCCCAGGACACGGCGGCAGGAGCAUUGAAGAGCAUAAGGGGACAGCCCAGGAUGGCGGGAGUGCGGCGGCCGCGGCCGACGGCCCUGCGACAUCAAGCACACGCACAGGCACCGCGACAAUGACCACCGGUUACAGCCUCCCGAAGGGGCGACAAGGUGCCAGUCUCGUGGAAUUCAAGGCUUCGAUGGGGCUGAGCGCGAAGGGGGAGCUCUUCGACGACCUUUUCUGCCGGCCGUCGUUCUUGGACGAGGCCCUCACCACGGAACCCGGGCGAAGAACGCCGGAACAGGUCGUCCACGUGGUCGAGGCGUUGGCGGCUUGCCCGGCCUUCGACGGGCUGGAAAAGGAAGUGAUGAUAGAGAUCGGAAACGCGGUGGAGUACCGGGUGUUGGACAAGAUGUCGGCGGCGUUUCUGCAGGGGGAGGAGAUCGACGCCAUGGUCGUCAUCUUGUCUGGCCGGGUAGCUGUAAAACUGCGUAGGGCGGAUUUCAGCGUGGUCACCGCCGACGAGCUCGGUCCAGGGGAUACCUUCGGCGAGGCUUGCAUGCUGGACGAGCACCGGAUAACAGCCCAGCGCCGUCGGAACAGCAACUGCAACGAGAACGCCUGCGAGGGCGCACAAGGAUCAGGCGGGGCAGACAAGCCCCCGGGUUCCCCCACGUCUCCUCGAGAAGUGAACGACUCGGAAUCUCCUCGCGUGGUGGUACCGAAAGACAAAGGCACACCGGAGUACCAGCCAGAGGAGCCACUGACGGAGGGGGCAGGCUUGCCGGGACGAGGGGGUACCGGCGGCCGAGCUAGGGUCGGGAGCGGCAGCGGCAGUAGUCCCGGUACAGGGAGGUCGAUGGAGACGUAUCAGACCCUUGAGCCGACCCGCCUCGUGUUGAUCCUGAAGCGAGACUUUUACCGGAUGCCGGGACUGCUGAAGCACUGCGCUCACGCGUUCAAGCGGCGGUUGGACGCGAUCAAGCUGUGCGGAUUGUUCGGAGGGUGGGAGCACGAAGAUCUGAUGAGGCUCACAAGGAUGUCGAGGAUCCACAGGCAUCCCUCCAAGUCCGUGCUCCUCAUGCAGAGAAAGGAGCCUUCGCACCUUCAUAUCGUGCUAUCUGGUGCCUGCACGGUCACCAAGUAUCCGGAUCGACUGUCGGCUGUACAGAGGAAGAUAAACGAGAUAGGGGCAGCACUUUACAGGAUCAAGAGCAAGUACUCGUAUCACCGUGACGUCCGCACUAAAGUGGUUUUGGCCGACCCCAUUCGCGCUAGGUACGCCAAGCGGAGCUUGAGCGAGAGAUACGCCGUUGGAAGCGAACCUUGGCUCUCAUUCGUCGAAAAGACGACACGGAGCGUUGGGAACCUGCAAUAUCCCCAGUUCUUCGGAGAGGUGUGCCUGCUCGUGCCGGACGGAGGAGAGGCCCUCGGGACCGUUUCCGCGGACACAUUGGUGGAAACGGUGUCAAUGAGCAAGUUCGUUCUACAGACGUUCCACGUAACCGACACUUUCUUGCAAGGCGUACGACAAAAGGCCUCUAUUUAUCCGGAAGAUAUCAACCUGGCCAAGGCAAUAGAAGUCGACAAGUGGUGGGAGGUUCGAAGACGCGAGCUCGUUCUCGAGACACUAAUUGGCCCUGCAGCUACUGCAAGCGGUGGUGGGGGCUGGAAGCACAAGAACCAGGCGCUCGUGAGAAAACGGCCGAAACGAUCGAAAAGGCCCUCGACCGCAAAUUGA